UACUAACUUAGAAGCACAAACAAAAAACAAACCAAGGAUGAAUAGUUGAUGGAAUUCGUUUCAUUGUGUGAUGAACAAAUAUGAGUAAUUAUUAUCUUUAUACUAACAAAGACGCCUACAAUUCAAAAUUCCGACUUUCUUCAAAUUCGCGGCCUAUAUUGAGGGGGAGAUGGAGAUGGAUGAGAUGAAAGGAUACGCGGGCAGGAGGAGAGGAGACAAAUGGUCUUAUUAUGCAACCAGACAGCAGCAGCAUAUCUUAUUAAUCUUACCGAAACAAUCAAACGCUGCAAAUCCAUUAAACAAAUCUAUGAAGCUCAUGCCCACAUCAUCCUUACCGGCCUACUCUAUCUCCACCCCUCUUCCUCCACGCUCCUCGCCACCACCCUCCUCCACUCCUUCACCUCCCUCCUCUCCCAACCCCCACCGCCAUCCGCCGCCUCACUCCGGUACUCCGUCGCAGUUUUCGAUGGCAUCCAGAACCCUUCGACUUUCUGCUACAACACUAUCAUUCGCGCCCACACCCUUCUCUCCUUCCCAUCCGACGCCAUUCUUUUCUUCUCCCGGAUGCGCCGCCUCUCUAUCCCGCUGGACGCCCACACUUUUCCGUUCGCGCUCAAAGCUUGCGACCGGCUCCAGUCGGCUUCACUCUCUCGCACUCUUCAUUGCCAGUGUUUCAAGUUCGGGUUCGCAGCUGAUAUUUUCGUCGUGAACUGCCUCAUUCGCGUGUAUUCGUCUACGAGUCAGAUUUAUGAUGCGUGCCAGGUGUUUGAGGAAAGUUCUUACAGGGAUGUUGUCUCGUUCAAUGCAUUGGUGGAUGGGUUUGUCAAGGCUGGCGAGACAGGGCGUGCACGCCAACUAUUCGAACAAAUGCCCGUCAGAGAUGCAGUGUCAUGGGGUACAAUUAUAGCCGGUUACGCAAAGACGAACCAGUUUAAGGAGGCCAUUGAACUGUUUGAUCAGAUGAUUGGUCUGGGGGUUUGCCCUGAUAAUGUUGCAUUGGUCUCGGCUCUCUCAGCCUGUGCACAGCUGGGAGAAGUAGAAAGAGGAAAGGCUAUACAUUGCUACAUUGAACGAAGGGGAAUCCGGAUAAAUGCGUUCUUGUGUACCGGCUUGGUGGAUUUGUACGCAAAAUGCGGGUGCAUUGAAACAGCCAGGGAAAUCUUCGAGUCGAGCCCAAGGAAAGCCUUGUUUACAUGGAAUGCUAUGCUUGCUGGCCUUGCAAUGCACGGCCACGGCCAGUUAGUGCUUGAUCACUUCUCAAGACUAUUGAAAUCCGAUGUUCGGCCAGAUGGAUUGACUCUCUUGGCUGUGCUGGUGGGAUGCAGCCACUCGGGGCUCAUCAAAGAAGCUAGGCAGAUAUUCGAAGAGAUGGAAGGAAUCUAUGGCGUUCCUCGAGAGAUGAAGCACUAUGGAUGCAUGGCUGAUCUGCUGGGGCGAGCGGGUUUGGUCAGAGAAGCUGUGGAGAUGAUAGAGGGGAUGCCGAUGGCAGGCGAUGUGUUUGUUUGGGGCGGGUUGCUUGGAGGGUGCAGGAUUCAUGGGAAUGUUGAAAUGGGGAAGAAAGCAGCUGAGCACGUAAUGGAGAUAAAGCCUGAAGAUGAUGGUGCCUAUUCAAUGUUGGCAAGCAUUUAUGCCAAUGCAGAGCGAUGGGAAGACUUAGCAAAGAUAAGGGGAUUGAGGGAUUCUACCAAGGUGAAGAAGAAUGCUGGUUGUAGCUUGAUUCAAUUGGAUGGUCUUGCACACGAGUUUGUUGCUGGGGAUAGCCUGCAUCCUCAAACUGAUGAAAUAUAUUUGGCUUUAAACAGUAUUGGGAAACACCAAAUUGAAGCACUUUAGGAUAUUGAGCAUACAAAUUUCUCUGUUAAUACACAAUUGUUGUAAGGUUUAAGAUGGUUUGAUCAUGAGAAGGCCAAAGAAACUCUUUGUGAGACAAAUAAAUGAAAUAAAAUAAGUAUCUAGUAAAAGAAAUAAAGACAGAUUUAAAAAAAAAAAAAAAAAGUUUGGUAAGAAACAACACUAGUAAGAAAUGAGACAUAAUGACCUAACAAAGAGAUACAAUGAUAGAUAGAAAUGAGUAAUAAAUUGGAAUUUAUGGAACCGACUUUAUAUAAUAAGAUAAAAACUUUAUAUGUUGU